AUGGCUGACCAGUUAACUGAAGAGCAGAUUGCCGAGUUUAAGGAGGCAUUCUCCCUGUUUGACAAGGACGGCGAUGGAACCAUCACGACGAAAGAACUUGGCACGGUCAUGCGCUCUCUGGGCCAGAACCCGACCGAGGCGGAGCUACAAGACAUGAUCAAUGAGGUGGACGCAGACGGUAAUGGCACGAUUGACUUCCCAGAGUUCCUGACGAUGAUGGCUCGUAAGAUGAAGGACACGGACUCGGAAGAGGAGAUUUUGGAAGCGUUCAAAGUGUUUGACAAGGACGGCAAUGGAUUUAUCUCGGCCGCUGAACUGCGCCACAUUAUGACCAAUUUGGGGGAGAAACUUACGGACGAGGAGGUCGACGAGAUGAUUCGUGAAGCCGAUAUUGACGGCGAUGGACAGAUCAAUUACGAAGAGUUUGUCAAGAUGAUGAUGUCGAAGUAA